AUGCAGGCCCAGGGGGAGAGCUCCAGCCACGCUGGAGAGGGGCCGAGUAGCGUGCAGGGGGCAGAAGCCUCUGAGCCAUGCGGCCUAGAGGUGUUGUAUGGGAAGGUGGCUGAGAUGGUGGGGUUCCUGCUGCUCAAGUAUGUCUCUCAGGAGCUCCUCUUUGAGGCCGACAUGCUGAGUGUCGUGUGCCCUGAUGAGCCCGGGCUCUGGCCCGUCCUCUUCCCGCAGGCCCGUGAGUGUUUGCGGCUCACCUUUGGCAUUGAGGUGGUCGAAUUGGAUCCCCAGCAGCACACCUAUGUCCUGGUCACUGCCCUGGACUUCCGCCAUGCGGAGGCCGCGUGCCCCGACUCUGGCCUGCUGCAGAGCUGCCUGCUGCUUUUCAUUUUGGGCAUCAUCAUUCGGGAAGGAGACUGUGCCUCGGAGGAGGCCAUCUGGAGUGCACUCAGUAUGCUUGGCUUGCAGGCUGGGGAGCAGCACGCCAUCUUUGGGGAUCCCAGGGAGCUCCUCAGCAAUGUGUGGGUGCAGGAGCAGUACCUGGAGUGCAGGCAGGUGCUGGGCAGUGAUCCCCCACGCUCUGCGUUUCUGUGGGGCCCCAGCGCCUAUGUUGCCAGCCGCAAGGUUAAAGUCCUAGAGUUCUGGCUCAGCUCCAGGAGCAGGGCUCAGGAUUCCUUCCACCUGCUCGAUGAGACUAAGCGGGAGGAGCGGCCUGAGCUGGGGUUGCAGAGCGUUGAGAGAGCAGGGCGGGAUUAG